GCAUUAUACAACACUGCUCUGAAAUUCUAAGGCAAAUUAAAUUUUUAUUUUAUAAAUAAUGUUGCGUCAAACGCUUUGUCCAGGGCCCGUCGCCCAUUGGUGUCGGCAAAUGUCUGUUGUGGCCAAGUCCUUAAAAUACACCCAACACGGAGAGCCACAAGAUGUUUUGCAGCUGGUCGAGGACACGCUGCCCGACCCCAAGGAUAAGCAAGUGCUGCUGAGGAUAUUGGCGGCUCCCAUCAACCCAGCGGACAUUAAUACCAUUCAAGGAAAAUAUCCGGUCAAGCCAAAAUUUCCAGCCGUUGCCGGCAAUGAACUUGUCGGCGAGGUCAUCUGUGUCGGUGAGAAUGUCAAGUGCUUAAAAGCGGGAGAACGCGUCAUCUCGCUGACCACCGGGCUGGGGACCUGGGCAACACAUGCCAUCUACAAUCAGGAUCAGCUUAUGAGCGUGCCCAAAAAUGUUGGCUUGGCAGAGGCGGCCACCGUCACUGUCAAUCCGUGCACUGCCUAUCGCAUGCUGAAGGACUUUGUCAAACUGUCGCCGGGGGACACGGUCAUACAGAAUGGAGCCAACAGCGCUGUGGGACAGGCUGUCCACCAACUGUGCCGUUCCUGGGGCAUCAAUAGCAUUGGCAUUGUCCGCGACCGACCGGAGAUAUCCGAGCUGAAGCAGCUGCUGGAGUGCCUGGGUGCCACGGCGGUGCUCACAGAGGCAGAGGUUCGCACCAGCGACAUAUUCAAAACGGGCAAAUUUAAGCGCCCCAAGCUGGCGUUCAAUUGUGUGGGCGGCAAAAGUGCCACGGAAGUGUCGCGCCAUCUGGAUGAUCGCGGCGUUAUGGUCACCUACGGUGGCAUGUCCCGGGAGCCAGUCACGGUAGCUACUGGACCACUCAUUUUCAAAGAUAUUGCAUUUAGAGGCUUCUGGAUGACGCGCUGGUCCAAGGAAAACUACGAUACGCCCGAACGCAAACAAAUGUUCAAGGAACUGUUCGAGCUAAUGGAACAGAAGAAAUUUGUGGCUCCCACCCAUGAGAUGGUGCCGCUGGAGAAGUUUAAGGCAGCAGCAGCAGCUGCUCUCAGCUUCAAGGGUUUCACGGGCAAGAAGUUCAUCUUGGACAUGUGCAACUAAUUAGAUUAAUUGAGGCUUAGCCUUUGGCUUUAUUGUAUACACAUGGCCGUAUGCAAAACACAUUAUGUUUUCUCUUGUGAUUGAAUAUGAUUCAGCUCAUC